AUGGCCCGCACACACUCCCAAUACCCUCGCUCGACCCUCCGCACCAUCCUCCGCUCGCACGCAUCCUCCUCGUCCGCGCAUACUUUGUCACCCAACUCGGACGCAAUCGCCUUCGUCGCGCACUUGGCGUUCUUGCGGAAGCUUGCGAGGGAGGUCAAGGAGCUUGUGGAGGAGGAGAAGGGGCGAAAGGAGAAGAAGAGGGUUGAGGCGGCGGAUUUGAGGAGGGCGAGUAAGCCUUGUUCGUGCCAUAGAGGCGUCACUGACCUGAGACGAGCGCUCGCAGCGGCUCCUUCAGCGGAAAGAACAGUGAAGACGGACGCUCUCGAAGGACUCUCUGCUCUCGGUGACGAACAGAGUCAAGGGCAAGCAGAUAGAGCCGUCCAGAGCUGCGUUGACGCGGUCAAUAGACGUCCAUUGGGCUCAAUCAGCGUAUCAGGACUAGGCAACGCCGCUCUAGACGGCAGAGUACGCGCCUCCCGCCCGACAAUACCAGCCUCGUCCCUUCGCAGAUCAGAAGCGCUCGCUACGUUCAACAAACCCUUGUAG